UGCUGGAGUGCGAAAAUACUAUGCCAAACGGGCGCCGUCUCGUUUGCUGCCUGCGCGCGUCUCCAAGGAUGAGAAGAUGCUUGGAUGCAUCCAUUACGGAUUUCGUUCUAAUUUGAACUGAAUAAUGAUUUAACUAUGUUAAUGUAUACGUUUCUUCACCCUGUUCGUGUAGUUUGUGGGUUCUGCUUAUGUUGAACGUGCUAUCGGUGUAUGAAGUCCCUUCGUUGCGUUGGUGCUGCGGAAGACAAGAGAGCCGAGCUAACAUCCGUGGAAGAGAGAUAAUCAAUUUAGAGAAGAGAAAAAGAGGGAUAGUUAAGGGGUUGGGGAACUGACGAGAAGAGAGCGAACGAAAGGAGAGAGAACGUCGACCUCACACCCCAGAAAUCGAAACAGAAAGUGAGGAGCAUCUACCCUCCAUAGAGACACCCCUUUCAAGAGCCGAUUCACCAAACAUCUCCCUUUUUAUUGUAAUAAUUGUCAUGGGACAAUUAUUAAUUCUCUAAAAAAAUAUGCUGAAAAAUAGACGGCAUUCUAUAUAUAAACUGACAUGAACAAAGUCAAGUGAGGAAAUAUAAAUGAUAAAUCAAGAGACCAUUUAAUAUCUAACAGUUCUUCAUGAUUUUUAAAACGACUUGAAAGAGAAGAAUAGAAUGUAUUGGUAAAAUGAACAUCAAGAGAACCACUUAAUUGUCUUGUAUCGGAGGUGAUUGAUUUAUCAACAUAUUAGAACUAAGGGUGGGUCAUGACCAAUUUGCCAUGCAUGUUGUCAUGGUGACCAGCCCCUCCACCCCCUCCCCCCUCCUCUGGUUGGUCCAGCUUUUGCUGUGGCUUCACCACCAUGGUCCUCAGCUGACAGAGGCCAUGCCCCCAUGUCCCAACCCCUGUAGCUGCUCCAAUCAGGCAAGCCGCGUCAUCUGUACAAGGAAGAGUUUAGAGGACGUACCGGACAGUAUAUCUGUGAACACAAGAUACCUCAACUUACAAGAGAACACGAUUCAGGUGAUAAAGUCAGACACGUUCAAGCACCUGCGGCAUUUGGAAAUACUGCAGCUCUCCAAGAAUCACAUCCGACAGAUUGAGGUGGGCGCGUUCAAUGGCCUGCCAAACCUCAACACCCUUGAGCUCUUUGACAAUCGCCUCACGCUGGUACCAUCGCAGGCCUUUGAGUACCUCAGCAAGCUGCGCGAGCUCUGGCUACGGAACAACCCCAUCGAGACACUGCCAGCGUACGCCUUUCACCGCGUUCCCUCCCUGCGCCGGCUUGACCUGGGCGAACUCAGAAAGCUGGACUACAUCUCCGAGGCCGCCUUUGAGGGCCUGGUCAACUUGCGCUUCCUGAACCUGGGCAUGUGCGGCCUGAAGGACAUCCCCAACCUCACGCCCUUGGUCAGACUGGAGGAGCUGGAACUGUCAGGAAACCAGCUGGGGAUCGUCAGGCCAGGCUCCUUCCAGGGCCUGGUGUCACUGCGCAAGCUGUGGCUCAUGCACUCCAAGGUGACGGUCAUUGAGCGCAAUGCCUUCGACGACCUGAAGAACCUGGAGGAGCUCAACCUGUCCCACAACUCUCUGCAUUCACUGCCCCACGACCUCUUCACCCCGCUGCACCAGUUGGAGCGGGUGCACCUCAACCACAACCCCUGGGUGUGCAACUGCGAUGUCCUGUGGCUCAGUUGGUGGCUCAAGGAGACCGUGCCCAGUAACACCACAUGCUGUGCCCGUUGCCACGCGCCCCCAGUCCUGAAGGGCCGCUACAUCGGUGAGCUGGACCAGAGCCACUUCACAUGCUACGCUCCCGUCAUCGUAGAGCCACCCACCGACCUCAAUGUCACAGAGGGUAUGGCCGCGGAGCUGAAGUGUCGCACUGGCACCUCCAUGACGUCUGUCAACUGGCUCACCCCAAAUGGCACCCUCAUGACCCACGGAUCAUACCGCGUCAGGAUCUCAGUCCUUCAUGACGGAACCCUGAAUUUCACCAACGUUACUGUGCAGGACACGGGCCAAUACACCUGCAUGGUGACCAACUCCGCCGGCAACACCACGGCGACUGCAGUGCUCAACGUGUCCUCCUCCGACUCCAGCAACCCCUACAGCUUCUUCACCACCGUCACUGUUGAAACCGUGGAAACGAACAAUGGUGAGGAUGCUGGGAGGCAGUACAUCAACGAAACCUACGUACCGCCAGAUUACCUGGGUCCCACCUUUUCAGGAGGGGUACUGGGUAAAGGCAGGGCUGGAUUCACCAUAUCUCCAUCUCGCUCUUCUCUCUCCUCCUUCUCCCCGCGUGCCACCAGAAACACUGAAAAUACAGUCACAGUGUCGAUAAUGGAUGUCACAAACAUUACUGGCCUGGACGACGUGAUGAAGACCACCAAGAUCAUCAUCGGCUGCUUUGUGGCCAUCACCUUCAUGGCAGCCGUGAUGCUUGUGGUCUUCUACAAGCUGAGGAAGCAGCACCAGCUGCACAAGCACCAUGGCCCCACCCGCGCCAUCGAGAUCAUCAACGUGGAAGAUGAGAUUGGUGCCGGGGCUGGGAGCGGCAUCUCAGGGGGAUCGACCAUGCAAUCUGGGUGCGGAGGAGACGGAACAUUGAGGAUGCAUCACCCGGAAAGAGUCAACCUUCCCAACAUUGGGCGAUCAGAGCAUCUUAACCAUUACUACAAGGCCAAUCAUUUCAACAACAAUGUGAUGGGUCUGAGCAUUGGGACAGGGGCAGGAGUCGGUACUCUAAGCAACAAGAACAAUCUGUCUCCACUUAGCCAGCAAGGCCAGGAUAUCCCGAUCUCCUGUACACAGGUUCCAAUCUCCUCCGCCACUUUCCAGACCAUGUCUGGAAAUGGCACCAACACCAACCCUCUUUCUGUUUCCCCACCUCUGCCAAUGUCCCUCCCCAUGCCCCCCAUGGGAUUACAUGGAUCGAUCAAGGGUUUCAUGGGCCAGAACCAGAACCCACAAAUGGAACCUCUUCUGUUCAAGGGAAACUCAAAGGAAAACGUUCAAGAGACUCAAAUUUGAGAACAAGAGAGAGGGGAGGGGAUUGAUGGCUGGUUUACGCACUGAAUGAUUAGACACUACAGUGCAUUGACAUUACAUCAAGAGAGAGGAUAGACUGACACCGCAAUACACAAACGCAUAGGCUGGUCAGCUAAAGUGUACUGAGCCAAGGAUUACCACAAUGGGCCACUUGUGUUUGUAGUAACGGUCACGGCAAUGGAGUUAAAUAUCGAACAUCGCUACAAUGUAAAUCUGUGCCAAAGCAAAUGUUUCUUGCAGUUUCUAUGAGUUGUAUUCACAUAGAAGAAAGUACUGUGGCUCAAUUCCCUAAGUCUUUGUUGGCCAGUCAGUCAAGACAUGCACAGCACUUACCACAUUGAAGUUUGAGUUAUGAGACACUACAGGAAAAAAUACUAGACAUUUCUCUUUUACAGAAAACACUUGUGAAAGACACUCUGGUAUAAACUCAAUAGUCUCCCUUGAGGCCGUAGGUAGGCAUAAAUGGAAGGACAAAAGGUACAGUACAGUACAAAUUACUGUGAAAAUUCACAAAUUCUAUAAGUAUAUUUUCAUUUGAAUAUGUAACAUUGCAGAUUCCAAUGCAGAAAUAUUUUGGAGGAUGUAUGAGCUGUAAUAGUUUGUUUUGUGAAUUAUCAGGUGUGGUGAUUGUGAAGGUUGAUUAUACAAUACAUAAGUUUUGAGUUUGGCUACUCAUCCAAAACAUAAGGGCUCAAUUGCAACACUCAUUGUGAUUCUAUGAAUUUGGCUACCAUGAAUAUUGGAAACUCGAAGGAGAGGUCCCCCAGUGUUCUGUUUGAUAAGCUUUUGUCUGUGAUAACUGGACAAUUCUGUUCUUGUUUGUUUUGAGAGUAUAUUCCAUAUAUUCCAGCAGGCUACUUGAUUAUUCAAAUGAGAGCUUCAGGUGCCAGCAUGUGCCAUCAGCAAAUGCAGGUGAAAUAACUAAACAGUGAGCUAAUAUCUUGCAAAGAAUUGUAUGGGCAAUGGAAAUGUUGACAAAGUGUAAAACAACAGAUCAGUGGCAAGAUAUUUGCUAUAAGUGGGGAAUUUGAUAUGAACUCCUUUCUCAUGGUGACCAUUUUGAUGCCACAUAACGCUGUCACAAGGGUGAUUUAAUGCCUGUCUUUGCCAUGGCAUUCAGUCGGUGGGUUCAACCACCAUAUUUGGUUUAGUGGAACAGAAAUGUAUGAUAAUAGUAUCUGGUUGUGUGACAGUUGUACAAACCACCUUUUUACAGUGUACCUUUCAUGUGUUUUAAUGCCAUUUAAAGCUUUGUGCAUUUA